CGUGAUUUUUAAGCACCCUGUAUGGCAGUGUAAUUUCGCGCCAUCGUGUUGUGUGUUGUUGUUUUUGUGUGUUCACUGAUUUUUUAAUGACUCAUUUUAAUUUCUCUUCAAGUAUUAAUACCGAUACAGUAAUAAAAGAUGAUAUCUCUUGAAAUAUAUAAACUGGACUGUGAAGACAGUGCGAUAUGUACCUUAAAUGUUGGAGAACACAUUUUUGGCCGAGGGACUCUGCUCGAGUGCGAUGAUAAAAGAGUUUCAAGGAACCAUGGCCUUAUAACAAUAACCAAUGAGAAAGCAUCAAUAACAUCUACUCACCAAAACCCAUGCUUUUAUAUUUACACGAACAGUCCAACAGUAACAAUCUUGCCCAGGGAUUCUCCUGUUAAUAUUACGGAUGGUGAUAAAUUUGCACUUCUAGCAGACCAAUUUUGGUACAAACUGAAAAUAAACGUGAACAACAAUAAUGAACUCCCUGCUACUAAUGCUAUGGUACCUGAAGGCGAGCCUGAAAGUAAUAAUAUUGAAGAGACCCAUACACCUUAUGAAUACAAUGGCAAAGAUGACUCCUUAAAACGUCCCCAUCAGGAUGAGCCAAAUAGUGAGAAUAAAAAGAUGAGAACUUUAAAUGCAAGUGAAUUACCUCAAUCAACUGUUGAUGAACCAUCACCCAGUCGAAUAGAUGCACAAGAAAUUUCUGAAUUGAAUACCGAAGAACAGUCUGAUAACAUAGACACAAAACAGCCGAAUGAGUCGGACAAAGGCUCUGAGACAGUAGCAGAUAGUGCUCAAAAUACAACAAUGCCCGUGGCAACUACCAGCACCAGCUCGAAUAAAAGGCCCUGGAGAGAUUAUUGCGUAUAUGGAAAACAAUGCUACAGGAAAAGUGCGGCACAUUUUAAUGAAUUCAGCCAUCCUGGUGACUCUGAUUAUGAGUCGGAUCCUAACGAUCAGCGACCGACAUGUAGUUUUGGCUCUGAUUGCUAUAGAAAAAACAAAGACCAUCGUAAAGCGUACAAACAUCCUAGGGGCAUGACAGGUGUAAAGAACCCUGCAGGAGCACGCCCAACAAAAAGGAACACUAAAAAAACCUAUGUAGAUGAGUCAAGUGAAGAUGACUAUGACAUGGAUGAUCCCUUCAUGGCGGCAGACAGUAGUGAUGAAUACGAAUGUGAUGGUGAGUCGAAUGAGUCAGAUUCAGAGUCAAGUGAGGACGCAGGGGAUGAAGAGUUUAAACGCAUGUUCAAGGAGGCGAAGAGAUUUACACGACCACAGAAAAAGGAUUAAACUUGUUUUUGUAACUGAGCAUUUUUUGUACCUAUAUAAACUGUUAAUUAAAGCAUGUUGCUGUUGAAAGUAAUUCAUUUGACA